UCUGCGCUCCACAUUCCCAUCCACGUUGUCACAAACCUCCAGGACUCCGCCCAUUAUUUCGGCGACACAUGAGGAUGCCAGCGGACGACCUGGAGACUGACCUGCCUUGGCCUCGUACCAAACACCUGAUGUAAACCAUGCAAAAGGAAAACGGCGACGCGGACAGGCCUGCCGAUCCCGGGCUUUUCCCAAGCGGCGAGGCCCGGAUGAGCAGCCACGACCCGGGGAAGUGCAGCGUGGACUUCCCGGUGUCUGUGGUUCUUCCAGCCGGUGGCACCGGGGAGAGAACCGGGCUGCAGACACCCAAACAGUUCUGCACGUUUCUCAAUAGACCGCUCAUAAGCUACACAAUCCAGGCUUUCGAGAGGGUGUCAUGGAUCCAAAGCAUCGUGGUGGUCGUUGCCAAAGAAAGCACAGAGCUGAUGACGGACAUCGUCCAGCGUUUCCAGCACAAGAGGAUCCGAGUGGUGCAAGGCGGCUCCACGCGGCACAGGUCCAUUUUCAACGGGGUCCGGGCCCUCGGCGAGGGGGGAGACGGGGCGCCGCGAGUCAAACCCAAAGUGGUCAUCAUCCACGAUGCCGUACGGCCUUUUGUGGAGGAGGACUUCCUCUACAAGAUAGCCACGGCUGCCAAGGAACACGGGGCAGCCGGGGCUAUCCGACCUCUUGUUUCCACGGUGAUAGCCACCACGGCGGAGGGCUACCUGGACCACUCUCUGGAGCGAGCGAGGUACAGAGCCAGCGAGAUGCCUCAGGGAUUCACGUACGACGUCAUCUGUCGCGCCUACGAGAGGUGCAGUGAGUCAGACUUUGAGUUUGGCACAGAGUGUCUCCAUCUGGCCCUGCAGUACUGUGGCACCAAUGCCAAGCUCAUCGAGGGGCCGCCAACGCUGUGGAAGGUAACCUACAAACGAGAUUUGGCCGCUGCAGAAUCCAUUAUCAAAGAAACUCUGUCACGGUCAGCCUGCGCUAUCACAGGUGGAUCUGCACAAGCUGCGGUGCUGGCUGAUGCUCUCCAGAAGACGAUGGGAGCUUUGGACGUGGAGUUGGACGUCAUCCCAGACAUGAUGGGAGACAACGCCAGGUAUCUGUUAAAAGGCUGGAACUUCAUCCAGGUUUCUGUGAGCCGCCGGUGCCUGUCUGAGGUGAGGGCCACGGUGUCGGCGUUGGAGGCGGCGAACCGAGCGCUCCUCUACCCGGUGGUCGUCGUUUGGGUGCACUUGAACGGUUCGGACGGGCCGUCCCUCGGCGGCGGGACGGCGACGGCAGAGCCAGCGGCAAUCAUGGACCUGGCCUCGGCGGCCAAGCUCAGAAACAUCCUCCUCUACGGCGUCCAGCUUCAUCGGUCAGAGGAGGCCGACCACUGGGAGCGGUCAGUUUUGAGGAUGGCUGAGAUCACGUCAGUCUUGAUCCGGGAGAGGAGCCCUGCCCUGGUGGGACAGCUGCUGCAGGCGUGAAGAGAAACAGCAGCAGCACCGGAAAAUCCCCACUGUGUCCACCGCGACCCUGGUCCACCCUCACCUAAUGCGUAUCCACUGGACAUUUCCCUCAAGAUCUGCUUUCCAUCAUGAAUGCCGCUGAACCAAAUGGGAGCAGAAGGGCUGGCCAGAUAUCUGACUCUUUCAAAUUCAUCUCUUAAUCAGUUGUAUCGAGGUGGCAGCGCAACAAUUCCUGCCUGCCAACAUCAGUAAAUUUGAAUUUCCCGUAUCAGCACUGGCAGGGAAUUGUUACGCUUUUUUAUUUUCUGCAACCAACUGCAAUUUGGAGAUCGUAUGCUCUUCUAAAAAUGUUUUGGCAGGUAAAAUAGUGGAGGCUGCCGGUGAAUUUUAGGAUGCAUCUGCUACUGCGGCCUGUCUGGAUUAGGAGGCAAAUCAGCUCCACAUCUGCUCUCAGAGAGGAACUUCACUCUCAAUCUAGACUUCAAAUUAAUGAUGAGCAUUAUGGAAUAUUAACAUUAUUUUUUUCACUGCAUCCUCUAAAGUUUUAUGCAAGCUCUCUCCAAAUCCAGUUGCUGAGAUAGCAGCUCUGGCUUGUCAAGGAAAGGAGGUACAACUAACCUGACUCUACAUGUGUAAAGUCAAGUGAAUGACUGAAUGAUAGUGUUGAAACUACUGUGCUGCACAAAGUGAUGAAUGACUGAAAUCCUAGAGGUUGAGGUUUUUUGUAAUCCACUUAAACCACUUAUUUAAAUGACAAUAAAGAUGUGCUUUUUGUACUCCA